UUAUUAAAGUGAUUCUCAAGGCAUAUUUUUUUUAAAGAAAAACUAACAAACAUGUCUAUACUUACCUGCUGUGUGCAGUGGCUUUGCACAGAGCAGUCCCGGAUCCUCCUCUUCUUGGGUCUCCCGCAGGCUCUCCUGGCUCCUCCCUCCUGUCGGGUGCCCCCACAGCAAGCAGCUUGCUAUGGGGGCAACCACUGCUCCAUGUGUCCAUUCACACACGGAGCAGCGGCUCAGCCCUGCCUCCUGUCUCUUCUCAUGGGCUCACUAACUGUGAUUGACAGCAAUGGGAGCCAAUGGCUCCUGCUUCUGUCUCAGCCAAUGAGAAGAGGGAGUCCUAGGUUAGCCAAGACUCGGUUGCACAUCACUGGAUCGAGAGGGCUUAGAAUGCGUGAAGGUAAAAAACCUUUAGCCUUUACAACCACUUUA